CGGAUGCACAUGAGCUCAAUUUCGAGUCUCAUAGAAAAAGAUGUGAACAUGGAGUCUUUCCAGAUCUUCUCGUGCUCUGGCUGUCCGUUCUCCUAUCACCUCUUCCUCCUCAAACACAUAAAGAGAUGUCACCAUGAUAUGUAUGUCAGACUGUUGAGGAGUGGAGAGAUCAGAGAAUCUCAUGUCCUUCAGCAGCUCACAACACCAUGGAACCACCACAGGUUCAUUCAACCCAGCUCCCACCAGGAAACAGAAAGAGACGGACAAGGCACGGCCACGGCCACACCACAGUGUGGGGAGAGCGUCAUUAAAGAUCUUCUCAGAACACACCAACGCAUUCACACAGGAGAGAGGCCGUUCCACUGCUCCCAGUGUGGGAAGAGUUUCAAUACAGGGAGUGAUUACAAUAGACACCAGCUCACUCACACAGGAGAGAAGCCGUUCCACUGCUCCCAGUGUGGGAAGAGUUUCAGGGAGUCAGGAAAUUUAAAGAUACACCAGCGCAUUCACACAGGAGAGAAGCCGUUCCACUGCUCCAAGUGUGGGAAGAGCUUUGGUUUCAUACACGUUCUAACAGCACAUCCAGCGCACUCACACAGGAUAGAAACCGUUCCUCUGCUCCCAGUGUAGGAAGAGUUUGUCAAGAGUAAUCUCAGAACACACCAGCACAUUCACACAGGAGAGAAGAUGUUCCACUGUUCCCAGUGUCGGAAUACUUAUAUUCGAAAUCUAAAGACACACCAGUGUUCUUAAAGAGUAAAGAAGAUUUCACUUGUAAAUGGGAUGGUAAUGUGACAAUGAGAUUCAGUAACUUUAUAUUCUAUCAAGAAACAUGACUGAUGUCUUUUGUACAUAGAUACCAGGUUUGGGGUUAGUUCAGGAAGUACAAUUUAAAUUCCAAUUCUCUUCCAAUGUUUUCCAAUUAGUAAAAUUUGGAAUUGACCCCAACUCGGAUAGAUCAUGUUGAAUUAUUCUGAUAUGAUAUUCACAGAACUCACAUUUGAAUAUAGUAAAUUACGCAUGUGUAUAUUAACUGUAAAUAUUUAACUAAUCUUUGAACUGAAAUGUAUACCCCCUCUAAUCAUAAACAUGGCAAGAUUUAAAUCUGUUUUUGAUAUCACAAUAAAAUACAC